AUGACUGGCCGUAUCAUAUACUUCAUCCACUGCCCGACUCACAGCGUGAUAUGUGCUGUUCUUACCAAGACGGGCAUCUUCCCUCAUAUCAUGCGACUGGUCAGCACAGGCACGCGGCACAUUAGCAGCAUCUGCGGCAAGCAGUUCACGGCUAUGAAGGUGGAUCACAAUAAGUCCGAGGACACCGAGCGUGCAUUACUUCGGCUUGAGGCGUGGUGGGUUUUCCCGAUGCCAGAGGCAGGCACGCUCUCCGCAGGGGCGUUGCCCUUGGAAGUGAUCGCAGGGUUUGCUGCUCUGCCGGCGCCGCCGGCGCGUCAAAUUAUAGGGCGCCGGCAUUUCUGGCAUCUCUUCGCCAUCGCGGUUUUAGCUCUGGCGCUGCGGGCAUCGGCAUUACCGUCACAGGCGCCGCCCAUGGUAGAGCGCAGGCGCCUCCAGCGUGCCAAACACGAAGGAAGGCGGCUCGUCCCCCUCAAGGGCGGCGCGGCUCGGCUGGCGAGCCUCGGAGGUGCUGUGGACAUGGGGAAUGCGAUGGACGCAUGCAACGCUGGGGACCGCGGCGCCGUUGCGGCCCCGAAGUCCGUGCUCUCCGGCUGCGCCAAGUGCAAGGGCGAGGGCUCCGACGACGAGGGAGGCCCCAGGUCCAAGGGUCCGCAGUCGCGCGAUCGCAAGGAUCUCAAGGGCUGCAAGAAGCCGCUGCUGAGGGAGGCGAAGGUUUCCCCCGUCUUCGACGGCGGCAUGACUACGCUCAUGGUGGCCGCGCAGACCGGGUCCCUCGAGAACGUCAAGCGUCUCGUAGGCGAAGGCGCCGACGUGAACGCCCGUGACCCUGUCAUCGGAUGGUCAGCGCUGCACUGGGCCGCGAAGGAGCGCCACGCCGGGAUCUGCGCGGAGCUGCUCCGGAGCGGCGCAGACAUCGCGCUCGCCAACACAGACGGCAAGACGCCCGUGCAGGUUGCUGCCGAGCAGGACGCCAGUUUUGCGAAGAAGCUGGAGGUGAUGGGGAUGGAGCACCAGAUGGCUGCGGCGGCCGCGAUCGGUGACAUCUUCGCCUGA